AUGGGCUUGUAUCAAGACCCUACCGACUCUAUUGAUGUUUUCAUCAAUGAGAAUAUCAAUGUGGAUGCUGACCAGCCUAUUGAAACUGAUGAAAUAGAUCAAGACACUGGGCUCAAGUUCUCACCUUGUGAACUCACCAAAGAUGACCCCAACCCUUUUGGGCCUGGUGGGCGCCUGGUCCGUGUUAUUCUUGUAGCUGUUGUAUGCAACAAACCUGCAGCACACAAGGUAGGUGGAUUUGGAUCCCACUUCCACACCAAUCUAUGUACAUGUUGGUGGAUCACUCAAGGUGAAAAGGACAGCGCCAAAGCCUUCGUAAAAGAUGCUUUUCUUCCUUGUACAAAUGAGCAGCAACAAGACUAUGGUGACCGGUAUAGAAAACUGCCAAAUGCUACCACAUGCAAGAAUUUUGUCAAGGAAUAUGCAAUGCGGUAUACCCAACUCUUAAGAUUACCCUACUUCAAUCUUGUUGAACAGGUUGUGACUGAUCCAAUGCACAACCUUUUUCUUGGUCUCAUUAAAUCUCAUUUUUACAAUAUCUGGGUCCAGAGUAAGAUUCUUAGGCCCAACUACAAACUCAAGGUCUUUCAUGAGUUACUGCUGAUUUUGUUAUUCCUAGCUCUUGUGGAAAACUACUGA